AUGACUUCGAAGUACAGUACUCUGCUGAACAAUGCGCUUGCAUCGCCAAAAUCUCUUUCAUCAAAACUUAGAAACAUGAUAAAUGAAUUCGAAAUCAAAAUUAAACUUCUUCAAGAAUUGGUCUUGUUAGAUAACGAGGAAUCAGUACUUACGAAAAUAGUGCGAGAUGCGACAAAUUUGACAGCAGAGAUUGAAAAUACAUGUGGUUCUGUCCCAGGCCUAUUGGAUUCACUAGAACUCGAAGUCGAACGUUCUGAUGAGGUGUUAAACUUUGUUACUCCAUUGGUCCAUAAAAUCGAUGACUUGGAAAAUAAUCUGCACUCAUUGGAGAUCCAGGAAACCCUUUCUCGCUACAGAUCGGAAGUUGACGCCGCUCGCGUUCUUGGCAAUGUUGACAUGGCCCUUGACGCCUUUACACAACUCUCUAGACACUUAGGUGCCUAUAAUGACUCUUCUACAAGCCAUCCACAUCCCAAUCUUCCUCCCUACUACUACGCUAUGUUGGCUUCAUUUAUAAAAGGAGCGCUUACAGGACGGCGAACUAUAUCCCUGGCCAUGCGCAUCAUACUCGAGAAGUUAGAGAAACGUUUUCUCUUUAACUUUUAUGGAAGUCGCCUGACGAACAAGCUAGAAAAGGUUGAAUUCAUGCGCGGCCUGAUUGGUUUCGUCGUUGAUAAGAUGAAAUUUGAUCUGGGUCUCAUUGCGAAACCACCCAAAGCGCAUUGUUCUGUUCCUCUCUUGACAGCCAACGAUACCCAUCCCGGCAGGGUUGAUGAGGCGUCCAAAGAGCAACCUGGCGGCCUAGACUCGAGUCCUCUUGCUACGGAUCCGGAUCUUUUUGGUCAUCUCAUAGACGAAGUGCUCAACUUCGAGACCCGUCUGGAUGGUCUCUGCUACCCCGUGCAUGAAUUGCGUCCAGUUGAGGUGCUGACUCGACUAGACGUCCUUCAUAGAUGGCUGUGUCUUGAAAGCGAUAUUGCACACCGUCGCAUGCAGGAUCUCCUGACCAAAACGCAGACCUUGGUUCCCGAAAAGUCUUCCGAUUCACCAAAGUGA